AUGAGGUCCGCCAUUCUUGCUGCUGCCUCCAUGGCCGCCGUCGUCUCGGCCUACGAGGCCCCGUCGGCCGCGUACGAGGCCCCAUCCCAGGCGUACGAGGCCCCGUCCCAGGCGUACGAGACGUCGUCCCAGGCGUACGAGUCCCCGGCCCCGACCUCCGCCUACGAGUCCCCGGCCCCCGCGCCCGUUCAUGUCGGCCUCGGCCUCAACGUGACGGCCACCAUCAGCAUCGACAUCUGCAUCGGCCUGGACGUCAAGCUGCCCUUUGGCCUCAAGAUCGAGUCUGAUCGCUGCCCCUCCUCGCCCCCGUCCUCUGGCUGCACCAACGUCUGGCAUCCUCCUCACCAGAUCAACAUGGACGGCUGCGACGAGAACAACCACAAGGAGUGGCAUUACGUCCACCCUUGCACCGACUGCGCCCAGACGUACCCGGCCCACACUUGGGGCGUCAGCACCGUCACCGAGACGCAGGUUCAGACAGUCACCAGCUGCGCUCCCGAGGUCACCGACUGCCCUGCCCGGGUCACCACUGUCGUCGUUCCCGGCACGACAACCAUCUGCCCUGUGCCUGUGGUGCCGACCACCAUGGUGACCUACCACAUUCCCUCCGGCGUGCCUCCUACCUACGUCGCCCCUCCCGUCACCUACGCUCCUCCCCCCGUCACCUACGAGCAGCCUAUCGCCACGUACGCCACGCCUACCCAGCAGCCGCCGAUGACCUACGAGCAGCCGCCCGUCAGCUACGUCGCUCCCACCCAGGCUCCCCCCGUCUACCAGCCGCCCGUUUCCUACUCUCCUCCCCAGGCCCCGAGCGACGUCUACCAGGCUCCUCCCGCCGGCACGCUGGCUCCCGUCAGCCCCAGCUACCCCGCUCCCGGCAACUACACCAAGCCACCCGUCGUCGUGGCCGGUGCCUCUGCCAACAAGGUUGGCGCCGUCGCCUUCAUCGGCCUCGUGGCUGCCUUCUUCCUCUAA